AUGGCACCAUAUGAGGUGUUAUAUGGUCGUAGGUUUCGUACUCCUACUUGUUGGAUUGAGUUAGUCGAGCGGCGAGUUUUGGGGCCAGAGUUAGUUUCUGAUACCAAAGAGAAGGUAAAACAGAUUCGAGACCGUUUGAAGGAAGCAUCUUAUAGGAAGAAGUCCUACGCGGAUCUGAAGUGCCAAGAGAUUGAAUUUUUGGUGGGGGAUUAUGUAUUUCUCAAGGUUUCCCCAUGGGAAAAGAUAUUGAGGUUUGGACGGAAGGGUAAGUUUAGCCCUAGGUUCAUUGGGCUUUACCGUAUAUUGAAGUGUAUGGGACCGGUUGCAUAUCAGCUUGAGUUGCCUCUAGAGUUGGAUCAGAUUCACGAUGUAUUCCAUGUCUCCAAGCGAAGACGUUAUCGCUCUGAUCUUACUCACAUGGUGCUAGUCGAGGAGAUCAAGGUUGGGCCAAAUCUGACUUUUGAGGAGGAACUAGCGCAGAUUUUGGACCGUAAGGUUAAGGUACUGAGGAAGAAAUCUAUUCCUCUAGUCAAAGUGCUUUGGAAAAAAUCACAGUUCAGAAGAAGCCACGUAGGAACCCGAGGAGGCAAUGCGAAAUAA